AUGUGGAAGACAAGAGACAUUUGGGAGCAUUUCGAUCAAGGCACCGCAAGGGAUAUCCUAUCUAUUCAUAUCCCGGAAGAUGAUCAUGGAGAUGAUAUUGAGUGGUGGCCUAAUAAAAACGGGCAAUUCACAGUCAAGAGUGGUUACUGGUUUCUGCAAAAUGGGCAGGCUGAGAAAGAACCAAAUGGGUCGAAAUUCUGGAAAUCAUGGUGGAAGGCCAAUCUUUGGCCUAAGUGGAAAAUCCUCAUUUGGAAGAUCAUCCAUAAUGCAAUACCAACACGAGACAACCUCAGACAUAGGCACAUAGAUGUCCCCUCAACCUGCCCUCUCUGUGAGAAAUUCCCGGAAACGCCAGAGCACCUCUUUAUGAAAUGUGAAUUGGCAAAGCAUCUCUGGUCUGCUAGCUAUCUUGGGAUUAACUCAGAUGUUACGGGCAAUGGAAAGGCGAGACAUUGGGUGCGAAACUUUCUCUCCCUUCUCAUGCGUGAGGACAAGAGGGAUGCUAGUAGACUGGUGGAGUUUGUGAGUAUCAUAUGGAGCAUCUGGUUAGCUAGGAAUGAUGCCGCUUUCAACAGUACAAAGCUAAACCCAUCAUCCAUCAUGCUCACUGCAAGAUGUUGGAAGAACAGGUGGAAGAAAGCCUUUGAAGGCACGAGCAGCUGUGAAGUGGGGUAUGAAGUGCUGCAAGUAAGUGGGGCACCGAGACUUGUCUGGGAAAGGGGAAGAGAUGCAGUGCAGGUCCCACUCAUCGUUGAAACAGAUGGAGCGUGGAAGAAACUCUCGCACGCCAGCAAAACCAAAACAUCAGCAGCAGUAGGUUGGUGUUUCAGAAGGGGAGGAAGGACGGUUGCGGUUGGGGAUGCGAAGUGCUUUGCUUCCUCUCCUGAUCAAUCAGAAGCCCUUGCUAUCCUCCAUGCUAUUUCAGCAGUGCCUCAUGGCACGGAAGACUUAGUCAUCUCCACGGACUCGGCAAAUUGCGUGCUUGGUUGUAUCAAUGAACUAAGCGCACCUUCUGAGAUUCAGGCAAUCAUUAAGGAUAUCAAGAAGAAGGCUUUAGGGUUUAAUUCUUGUAUUAUUCAAAAAGUUUCCAGAGACUCUGUAAAGAGGGCACAUAUCCUGGCUACUAAUGCUAGGAAAGUCCCCUAA